UAAAGACCGAUUUUCCAAUGAUUUCUUAAGCAAACGCUAAAAUUGGACAAAGUUGAAUCAUUCACCAACCCAAGUUUAGCAAAUCCUAUACAUCAACCAUACUUUUAAUCACAAAUCAUCCCAUAAUUCUAGGAAGUAUCCAAAAAAACGACAGCCUUACAAGCCCCUUAUAUAUACCCUCUACGCCAUUGUCAAUGGAACACUGAAAAAAAAAAAAAAAAAAAGGAAAAGGCAAGCAUAAAAAAAUAUAAAAAAUUUAACACACAUACACAUAAGCAAAUUAAGAGAAUGGCUAACAAGUUCGUUGCAGUGUUUCUCAUGUGCAUUGUUGUCGUUGCAGCAUUCAGCCUUCAAGAGGCUAAGGCUGCUGAGUUGGACAAGUUCAAGGGAUGCUUCUCCAACUGCGGCAAAGGAUGCUUGGGUGAAGGCAAUGGUAACACCUUCUGUGAAAAGAAGUGUGAUAAUGACUGUAGUGAAAAAGAGCUUGCUGAAAAACUUAACAUCAAUCUACCCUGAGCAAAUGAACGGAAGCACAAAGUCUUACUCAAAGGAAUAGAGGGAGAUGAAUCGUGCGAUAAAUUAAGUUGUGCUGUUUAAUUUAAGACAUUCAUUCCAAUCCCAAUGUAUUCAUUUUGCAAUUUAUAAUACGUAUGACAUUCUGUUAA